GACGAAAUCAAAAGACCACCGACAGUUACGGAGCGGCGAAUCUGUCGUGGUGUGAUAGCGUAUAUUUACAUAUAAACAAGAUUAUAAAUUAGCCCAAUUACCCUUUAUAGAGGUUUUUUCCCAGUCUAGCUCCAAAGCCAAAACCAUGGCACAUGUUCCUGCAGAGCAACCAGAAGAGGAUGCAUCAGAACUGCAGUUCCCAAAAGAGUUUGACAAUGCUGAGACACUCAUGAUAUCAGAGGUACACAUGCUUUUGGAGCACCGCAAGGCUCAGAAUGAGAAUGCCGAAGAGGAACAAGAACUAUCGGAGGUUUUCCUGAAGACUCUGGCGUAUGCCGGUCGUUUCGCUAAGUUCAAGAACCGAGAAACGAUUGCAUCUGUCCGAAAUCUCCUUGCUCAGAAAAAGCUGCACAAGUACGAGCUUGCCGCACUGGCCAGUCUUUGCCCAGACAACCCUGAUGAGGCCAAAACACUUAUACCCAGCCUGGAGGGACGUUACGAAGACGAAGAACUUCGGGCCAUCCUGGACGACAUUCAGACCAAGCGCAGCUUCCAGUAUUGAGCGUAUCGCAGCCGCGUGCUGCCAGCUUAUUUGUGUGGUGAUGGUUGUCAUGUCGUUCCCCUUACUACAUAGUUUGGACCACACGCCUACAUGGCCGAUCAGUAACAUCGCAAGUGCAGGCUGUUCUGGUCUUUAUUUUCAUUCACCCAUGUAGUCUACUUCAUCGACAUAUUGUCAUCAAUCAUUGCCUUGUGAUAAGUUGUGAAAUAAAGAGCAGGUGCUAGGUAAUGUCAAACCUUUCCCGUAACUUUUCUGAAACUUUGCAAGCUUUAGACAGUGCACUUGCAUCCGUGAUAGUCGUGCUUUAUCCGAAAUUAAAAAAUGGCGCCGACUUGAAAGGCGUUAAGAAAAUGCACAAAGAUGUUGACAUGUAGAACAGUUCUAGCGGCCCAGCAUGCAUUUUCUUUACGACGGUACUUAAGGAAUACAGUAUUUCGCCUCAUU